AGAGAGAGAGAGAGAGGAGAGAGAGAGAGAGAGAGAGAGAGAGAGAGAGAGAGAGAGAGCCACACAGGUAUCACUGCGCACGUCUCCCCUUCCCGGACCUCAUUAGUCCCAUCCCUCUCAUCUCCAUGACGACGGUGAGACCGUCCAGACGCUGGCAUUCAACUGCGCUGACACCUGCUCUGAUUCCAUUGAUUCUGUUCACAUGCCACUUCACCUCAUGGAGAUCACCGUUGAUCCAGAUUGAUUUCUAAUGCUGCGGAGAACCCCAGGGCAUCCCAGCUGACGUGUUAAACUUGAUCAUGGAUUAUUGCUUUUCAUUAUUACCUGGUGCCAUGCAUCAUUAUAAUUCCAUAUUCUCUAAAUCAUGUUUGAAAGGUUGUCUUCUGUUCUUUUGACCCGUAGUCGCUGCUUGAUUUUAAAGGUUGUAUUCUAUUUAGUCGGUCCAUAAUCAGUUUCAUUUGUUGAGGCGGAGGUUGUAUCAUGUGUUAUGAGUCGAAACGGUUGAAUGAAUAAUUUCAGGAGUGCAUUGUGUCCCUGGAUAAUAGUGAUCCUCCUUGGUGGCGUUUUGAAGUUGCUACGCCUGUGUUGUGUUGUGGUUACUGGAGAUUAGUCACGCAUGAGAGUGCUGCUUUCAGUUCAUCUGCUGGGUGAGCGGGUUUCACACGUGCAACCAGGACCCAUAUUCCCCAUCUUAAGAUGACAUCUAAACCAGAGACGAGGCCAGCCAGCAACCACAAAACCAGUAAGCUCCUGAGCAGCACGUUUGACCUUCCGUCCCGCAAUGCACUGGCUCCGAUCCUUCCAGAAGACCGGCAGCCAGUCAGCCCCGGGGGGGCCGCCUCCCAGAGCCCUCCGGCUGAGAGGAGAGGAGCCAUGCCCAGCGAGGGGCAGCCGGCCUCCCCGUCCCAGCCGGGGAAGACCUAUCAGGUUCUGCAUGCACACAAACGGCUACCUCUACCUGAUUUUAAGGCAGAGGAAAACACUGCUGAGAGGCUAACCCUUCAGACCAAGGACGUGGAGAGCUAUCGCUCGGCCCUGGACAAGAUGGCGGAGGACAUGGUUGGUCUGAGGACGCUCGUGGUGACCCUGGAGGCGGAGAACAGCCGGCUCCUCGGCGACCUGUCGCUGCACCAGGACCUUGGCCAGCAGCUGUUGGACGACGGCGACAUCGACGUCAUGACCAAGGCUGAGAUAGCGGACCGGAUAGCCCAUCUGAAGUUCAAGCUGGCCAGUGAGAUGAGGAAGGCUGGUGAGCACCGGGACAAGGUGCAGCAGCUGCAGAACGAGAUGAUCAGGAGGAACGACCAUGAGAAGGAGCACGUGAGGCUGCAGAAGGCCUACCAGGAGCAGCAGAAGGAGGUGCAGCGCUGCCAGAGUCAUGUGGCUCGGGUGGCAAGCUUGGAGGCCACGGUGAAACAGCAGGAGAAGGUGAUUGAGAAGAUGGAAAAAGUGCUCGAUAACAGGUUGACAGAGAGGAAUAGAAAGAGUGAGGACAAAAAGCAUGUUGGGAAAAAACUGCCAGAAGUUGACGCUGGCAGAGCAGAGAUGGAGCGGGCCCUGGCAGCAGAGAACGCUGGGAUAAAGCGUGAGCUGGAGCUGCUGAAUCAGCAGAUUUAUGCCUCUCGGGUGCAGCACUCAGGACAGGCACCAAAGGUGUUUCCAAAAGAGGAGAGACUCGCUUUGAUUCACAAAUUAGAAACAUCUGAAGCAAGAAUACGAACACUGGAGACUCAGCUGGCAGAGAACUGUAAACUAUGGGGGGAGGAGAAACAGGAAAUGUUGACCAGACUCAGUGAGACCAGACAUGGAUUGGGAUGAAGCCAAUAUGACCUCAUGUAAUGUGAUAUUUUAUAAGGUGCCAAUAUUUGUGUGUGUGUGUGUGUCUGCAUGUGUGUGAGUGUGUGUGGUGUGUGUGUGUGUGUGUGUGUGUGUGUGUGUGUGUGUGUGUGUGUGUGUGUGUGUGUGUGUGUGUGUGUGUGUGUGUGUGUGUGUGUGUGUGUGUGUCUGCGUGCGUGCGUACAUGUGUGAUUGCAUUUCCAGUUGCAAGCAUGACCAAAGUAAUCAAUAACAAACCCAUAUCAAAUGGCACAGAGAACAUUUAUUUUUUUAAGAUAAAAAACGAUUUUGUAACUACUGUGUAAUGCUUUUGGAUUUGAUUAUCACAGUCAAAUGCUACUUUUAGUUACAAAUAUUCAAAAAUAAUACACAUGA